AUGCAGUCUCAUCAACAACAGUAUCUUCCUGCGGUUCCUGCCCCUCCGGGGCAUGGUGGCCCGCAGGGUAACAACGCGCCGUGGGGAGGUCCUUUCCCGAGCUUGCACCUUUGGCCCAUUCAAGAUACCUUUCAAAUGAAGAUGAUCCAUCUUCCUGGCGGCCAACGAGUCAAGAUUGGUCGCCAGACCAACACCAAGACUGUCCCAGGCGAGCGCAAUGCGUACUUCGACUCCAAAGUUCUGUCACGAACACAUGCUGAGAUCUGGGAGCAAGGGGGCAAGAUCUUCAUCAAGGAUCUCAAGUCGUCGAAUGGUACCUUCAUCAAUGGCGUCCGCUUGUCGCCAGAGGGCGUCGAGAGCGACCCGUAUCAACUAAAUACGGAGGACCUGGUGGAAUUUGGCAUCGACAUCAUCAGCGAGGAUAACCGCACAAUCAUCCAUCACAAGGUAUCCGCCAGGGCCUACUGCGUCAUGGGCCCAGAGGAUGCGGCUGUCUCUGCCCGUGAGUUGCCCCACUAUCAAAACGAUAUGCGCAACGCACGCAGGGGCGGUUCCGUCUCGCAGCCCAACACAGUUAACCCUUUGAGCCAUAUGGGUCCUUCCAUCAUGAGUGCUGGCGGCAAAGCCAAUGGAUUGAGUUUCGAGCACGUUCUUCAGAAGCUUCAAAACGAGCUGGCCAAGAGCAAGGAAACUGGUCAGGAGCUCCAAGUACUGGCGGGUUCUAUGUCGGAAGUACAGGACACCUUAGGAGGCGGACUGCCUCCAAAUCAAAAUGGUGUUGCUGGGCAGUACAUUCCUGCACAGUUCCGCAAUCCCUCUGCGGAGGCCCAAGCAGCACUCGCUGGCCCACAUGGUUCCUCCGCCGCGGCCUUCAUUGCUCUCCAGUCACAGAUGAACGACACCCAAUCUUCAGUAGCCACGCACUUGGAGCGCAUUCGCCAGUUGGAAGGACAAAUCCAGCACCAAGACGCAUUGCAACUCGAGAUCGCGAGCGUGCGAAAACAGAUGGACGACAGCAGGCGGGAGAUGGAG